GAUGCAUGAGAGGCGCAACAUGGCGCAUAUUAGCAAUAGACCUUUUUGUUUCUGGGUCCUUCGGUUUCCUUUGUUUUCCUCUUUAUUCCUUCAAAAACCUAAGCCCACGAGAGUAUCCUCUCUUCUCCUUCCUUGCCCCUUUUUAUCUCUUCGCAGCUUCCCUUUUUUCGCAGAUCCACACAGAUCUUGGCUCUCUCGCCGUACUGAAUCAAUCGCUUUUUUCUCUCGAUCAGAAUCGUCAGAUCUCAUCGAUUCACACCGAUUUUCUCGUUUUUCCGUCGGUUUUCUUCGAUUCCAGGUCAAUUCCAGGAAUCUGGUAAUUGGUAGGCUAACUUCCAGCAAAGAUGCAGGGCUAUGAAGAGGACCUUGAUGAGGAAGCUGGGUAUGACGACUAUUACAGUGAUGACGAUGGAUUAGAGCAGGAGUAUGAGGAUGAAGAGGAGGAAGAAGAAGAACCCCCAAAGGAAGAAUUGGAAUAUCUUGAAUUGCGCCAAAAGAUUAAGGAUUCAAUCAGGAAGAACAUGGGAAAGGGAAUUGCGAAUCCUCAAUCUUCACAACAGAAAAGAAGAAAACUCCCUUAUAACGACUUUGGUUCCUUCUUUGGUCCAUCGCGGCCAGUUAUUUCCUCGAGGGUUAUACAGAAGCAAUCCUUGAUAGACAUUGAGCUACGGACAGGUGCAAUGUCGAGCUCGAACCAAACUAAAAAAAGACCUGUUCCGACAAGCGGUUCAGGCACUAAAGAUGUGUCUCAUGAGAAGCGGCCUAAGGUUGUGAAUCAGGUGAGGAGGAAAGUUGAGACUCUCAAGGACACAAGAGACUAUUCGUUUUUGUUUUCCGAUGAUGCGGAGCUUCCUGUUCCAAAGAAGGAACCUCUGUCUCGGAGUGGUUCAUUUCCUAGUUCUGAGGCUCGAUCUGCUCAAAUAUCAGCAAGGCCCAAACAGUCAUCAGGUAUCAAUGGUCGAACUGCUCAAGGCCUUCCUCGAGAGGAGAAGAGACCUGUUUCAGCUAAUGGGCAUUCAAGACCGGCUUCCUCUGGCAGCCAAAUGAAUGGUUCAAGACCGGCUUCCUCUCUCAGCCAAAUGAAUGGUUCAAGACCGGCUUCCUCAGGCAGUAAACUGAGUUCGAGAUCUGUCUCAGGGAGACCGGCCUCUUCGGGCAGUCAAACGCAAAAUUCAAGACCGGCUUCUUCAGGUAGCCAACUGAAUUCGAGAUCUGUCUCUGGGAGACCGAUCUCCUCAGGCAGCCAAACGCAAAAUUCAAGACCAGCUUCCUCUGGCAGCCAAAUGCAGCAAAGGGCUGCGUCCUCGGUUAGCCAAAGACCAGGUUCCUCGACAAGCCGUCAAGCACCCACCAGGCCGCCUAGUUCCUUGAUGAAUGGCCAAUCAGCUAACCGGAAUGGCCAACCGAAUUCUCGAUUAGAUCCCCAUAGAUCAGCUCCUGCGAAAAUGUCAGUGGACCAGAGGAAACAGAUGGGUAGCAGCAAUGGAGUUGGUCCUGGUCGCUCAGCGCCCACGUCUAGACCUUUACCAUCUAAGAUGUCAUUGGAGAGAAAGCCCUCCAUCUCGGCGGGAAAGAGUUCCCUUCAAAGUGCUCAGAGACCGUCCUCCUCGUCGAGACCAAUGUCAUCUGAUCCCAGACAACGGAUGUUAGAACAGAGAAAGGUUUCUCGUGACCCUACCUCAUCCCGAUUGAUCCCGAAACAAUCAGCGCCUACCUCGAAACACCAGAUGAUGAGUAAACUGGCGCCCAAGAGACCUCCACCGCGUGAUAUAGAUGAUGUUCGGAGGCCGUUAAAGAAGAAGAAGCCUGCAAGAUUGUCAGAGGAUGAUAUAGCAAUGAACAUGAUUAGAUCAAUGUUCAAGACCGAUCGUUUUGCUGGGCGUGACGAUGAUGACCGAAACAUGGAAGCAAACUUUGAUGAUAUCAUGAAGGAAGAGAGACGAAGUGCGAGAAUCGCAAGGGAGGAAGAUGAAAGAGAAGCUAUGCUCGAAGAGGAAGAAGAAAGGAGAAAAAGAGAGAGAAAGAGGAAGCUGAGCCGUUAAAAGUUAGAAGAAUCAUUUGCUCUUCUUUGUCUUCUUUUAGGAUUUCAGAUAUUUUCUUUAUAGUGUUCUCUCAUUUAAAUCUCUCUCUUUUGCCGCUUUGAGGCAAAAGAGUUUAAACUUUUCUUUUUGUAUUUUUUUGUUCUCUUUCAAACUAUGGAUAUUUUGUUCUUGGAAUUGUACAAUCAGUAAUAAUAUCUUUAUUUCGGUCAC